AUGCACUGGAUUAACAUAUUACACAAAAGUCGACAAUUGAAGGACCAUGAUUCUAUAAAAUGUGAAACAUGCAAGCCUCUGUCUAAUUGCAUAAGUAUUUGCACAAAACCGAUAAAUACUGUAAACACUAUCAAUCAACAGAAUUACAAUGAUAACCAAACGAGUAGUGAUUUAGACGCAUACACAGAGCGCAGGAAGUUGUCCUGUAAUGAAACAAGACGGAAAGUAAGCUGGGAAAACAAUUCCAAUCUGAUCAACAGUUACCGGUCAUCUACAACACCAUAUGAUACAAGACUGAAGAAACGACAAGUCUCCUAUAGCAAACCGCCUUGGAGGUUUUCUAAGUAUGAGAGACCACCAGAAGUAUUUUUGAAUACUAGUCAACACUCUAUAAAUAACAAACAAGUAGAGAAUGCAAGUAAAAGAGAGACUCUGAAGUCAGCAACACGCAGAAGACCACACAGUACACAUCAACAAGACUUUUCCAGACUAGGCAGGAAAAGUCUUGUUGAUCAGAAAAAAUGCAUUCGUAACCAGUCGAGUGAUGAAAGUCCUAGUGAUCAUUAUUAUUAUAAUCAAGAUAAGUUUACGCACGAGAAAAAUUCCUUUGGAACCAGUUCAGACAGUAGUAGUACAGGCUUUGGCAGUACAGUGAAUGUAGGAUCUAAUCCAAGAAAAAGCGUUAAACACUGCAAAGGUGGAUCGCAUAGAAGUAUCUCUGAUUUCUGUCCACGACCGGCUAGUGAAUUCACAAACUAUAUGCAUGAUAAAGUUACGCAAACGUCCUCUGUUAGUCGAAAUUCUAUUGAUGAUGAAGAACUUCCUAGAAUCAGUCCACUUUUCAUUGAAAAAAGUGACACAUGCUCUCUGUGUCUAUACCGGCAUCUUAAUAAGGUCUAUGGUAAAAGGCCAACGACGUUAAAUUCUUCACUCAACAGAAAAAAUAGUGGAGUGUUCACAGUAAAUUAUGAUACAACAGGGCAGGAUGAAGUAUGCUUGAACAGUUCCAACUUGAAGAAGCAAUUUUCAUUUACACAUGAAACAAACAUAUCAAUCCCAUCUACAACAUCCCUAGAGAGACAGACGUGUACAUUAGGAAAUCAGCAAUCGCCUCCACAUUUAUCUGUAAAUGAUACACCGUAUUAUUAUUAUUAUUCACGGUCACCGAAUAGUUGUUGCAGUGAAAGUAGAUUACACUGGCCAACUGCAUGUUCUCCUGUUUGCAAUCCACCCUAUUGCUCGGAAUUAACAAACAGUCAAAGUGAGGUUACAGCGGUCAGUCAAAAAUCAAAACACUUAGAUCAACAAGAUGGUGACAAACUUCUCAAUAGAUUUAAACUGAAAGAUCUGCACACGACAGAAAAAUAUCCCAGCAAGGACAAACUACUAACGAGUAAUAUAAAUGUAAAUGUAAACGCCAAUAAAACAUUUGGUUCCAAUCAAAAACAACAUCAUCCCCACUGCCAUCAAUACCAGGAGGUGGACAGAAAUACUCAGGAACACAAUACCACUUCUUCAAAUACAACUAACCUAGUGUGUUUAAAAAACACUGCAAAAACAAAAAGCACAAACUGUCCAGCUCAUAAUAAUCAUCAAAACGACCAAUCACACUGGUCCCAUGUGUUUACAGUCUACUCAUCGAAACCCUUAGAUGAUAAUGAGUACAUUAUCAGCUCUUGUAAACACAUGCCAAUUAUGUGUGAAUGCCCCCAUGAUUCUACGGUGAAAAGUAAUCAUGUAUGCAAUACGAAUCAGAACACAACGACCAACGAAAUUUCAGACUGUGGUACAAUGCACAAAUAUCAUUUAGUCCACUGGUAUGAUUUGGAGAAAAAUCAAAAUGCGAAAAAUGGUAAAGUUGUUUCUGAUUCACCGGAGAAAAGCCGCCGUUUAACUGGUGAGUGUGCCAGGUGUCCAUGUCAUCAAGCGGAAAAUACUCCCACGGCUAAUACUACCCUAGCUAAUAAUAAUAAAAAUAACAAUAAUAAUAAUAAUAGCAACUAG